AUGGUGGCUACAAAUGUGCCUGCUCACGUGGAUGGACUGGACAGAACUGUCAGGAUGACAGCUACCAAAAGCACUGAAGCACACUCUGUGAAUAGCGACCCUGCAGACAACAUAACAGACAAUAUCAUCCACACGCUAGAAAAACUUACAGAAAAACCUCUAGAUUUCGACAUUUCAAAUGAAGAAAUUUUGGAGGGGCUGCCAUCUUGUCCGCAAGACGACCAUCGGGUACUGCCCAAUGGUAAGACGUACUUCGCCCAUACGGACAUCUCGACCUAUAGAGGCGCACAGGAAGAAUGCAGAAAACAGCUCGGCAUCGUUGCGGUACCGAGGGACGAAGAGGAACAUCAGAACCUGGUGUUCCUAAAGAACUGCGUCAGCAGGGACUCUGAGUUUUGGCUUGGCAUAAUGAGGACAGCAGGAGUAUGGCAAGACGGCAGGGGCACCGAACUCGGCAGUUUCACGAGCUGGGCGCCUGGGGAGCCAAACGACGGGCACAACUGUGCGCUCAUCAUCAAAGGCGUAGGGAGGGACCGGCGGGACAACUGGGCGGACACACAGUGUAACCUACAGCACCGCUACAUCUGCGAGGUAGAAAAUGAUCCCAAGGAUUGGGCGCGUAAAGGUCCCACCAGGUACAAGGUAUUUCUGGAGAGGAAGACGUACAGCGCGGCCCAGCGGACCUGUGAGGCAUCAGAUGCGCAGAAUCGCGGUCGACUUGCAGUGAUUAAGACAGAGGCCGUGUACAACUUUCUCCUUACUCUAAUUCGGAGGGCUGACCCGAAAGGAGACUACUGGUUUGGGAUGAGCAAGCCGAGGAAAUGGAUGUGGUCAGACGGAACACCAUUGAGUGACUGCAGCUUCAGAAAAUGGGCUCCAGGAGAACCGAACAACGAGGCCGGUAAGCAGAAAUGCGCUCAUCUAUGGACAGGUGGAGACCAUCAGUGGGAUGAUAAUAGAUGUGACUGGGAAACGUACUUUGUCUGCCAAAUAGGCCCAGGAGAGGAUUGCGACAAAGAGUUGGUACCGUCCAGAAAGUUUGACAGCUGCAUCCGAACUUGCAUUAUAAAGUUUUGGCCGGUUGUGCCCAAAGCAGUUCCAAGGGGGUGGGUAGCCCGAGGGCUGACCGAGGCAGAAGUUCACGACCCCUCCGGUCUGACCCUCAGGUGA